AGGUUGUUUGGUAGCUACGUGACACGUCUACUAUUUUGUUUUACUCAGUUACGCGAUUACAGUGGCAACGGACUUCAACCGCAAGCGGUGACCAGGUAAAGCCAAGUCGAGGGACGUCGAAAGAAAAAACAGUUCCGAGUGGUGGCAAGCGGAGAGGCGAAGAAAACGCAAAGCUGAAGUGAGACAGGUGGCUGACGCACCACCGAACAGUGAGGGAUAGACUAAAACGUUGUGAGUCAUACUGUUCUUUAAAGACGUUGAACUUUAUAUGUUUCGGUGACCGUGUAAUUACGAUGUUUUAGCCUUGAAAUGCAAAGGAAACUGGAGACAGCAAAUUUACACAGAGAAACAUACGAGUGAGAACUAACUAGCAGUUGACUGACGAAAACAAAGCACCUUCACGAGACGGGGCGAAGGUUGGUACUCUUAGACGACCCUGCCUCUCACAUCAACAAUUUCCAAAGGCCAAAAAGGAGAUCAGUCGGGUUCUAAUGAGUGUUUUUGUAGGUUCAAGGCACAGAAGAAGGGUCAAACUGCCACCAGGGUUAUUAAACUACCCCUGGAAAGGCCCACAACUCCUAUGAAAGCCUUGUCAAAUAUGUGACGUUGGAUAAUUGCUAUAACUAUUACUUAUGUCGCUGUGUGUGAUUUCUUUGCGUGAAAAGAAAGAGGAACCAGACUAUAAAACUAAGAAUAGUGUGGGCACAAAAUGGAGGAAGACUGGAAGACAUGAAGCCUCGUGACCGUGAUUUGUAAAUUUAUCAACGAGUGUUUCGAAUUAAAAGGACAUUCUCGGUGUUAUCAUCGUUGACAAGAGUGUUGCUAUGGGAAAAAAAAGGUAGUUUACCGUAAGCCAGACUGCCCAGUGACAAGUUUAUAACAGCCCGCGGCCACCAAUCACGAAGAGGUCAGUCAAGAAGAUGAUAGAACAAAGAACGAGCUUAGAGGCGCGGCGGGAGGUGACGCCACGAGGGAGCGGCUGUUAAUGACGCGUGAAGGAAGGCUGCGGGGUGAUGGCCGACGCCUCUCAUUACAGCGACGCCUAAUCUACGGUGGGAUGGCCGCGGCGGAGACCCCUCGGCGUGGUGUUCAGCGAGGUGAGCCUCUGCAUCGGCAAGACGCCCAUCCUGUCGCGGGUGGGCGGAGCGUGCCGGCCCGGCGAGGUGCUGGCCAUCAUGGGGCCGUCAGGUUCCGGAAAGACCUCGCUGCUGAACGUGGUGAGCGGCCGCGUGCGACCAACCAGCGGCUCCAUCACCAUCGGCGGCGCGCCCCUCACCAAGCGGCACAAGCGACACCUUUGCUACGUGCUGCAGGACGAUAUCUUCUUCGCCAACCUCACCCUCAGGCAGACGCUCAUGUACACAGCCCUGCUCAGACUGCCCGAGAGCAUGACCCACCAGGAGAAGAUGAACCUCGUGGACCACAUACUACAGCUUCUGGACCUCAAGCACUGCCAAGACACAAUUAUUGGCGAGGUGAUGAAUCGGGGUCUGUCUGGAGGCGAGAAAAAAAGAACCAACAUAGCCUGUGAACUUCUGACCAACCCCUCCAUAAUGCUGCUUGAUGAGCCAACAUCAGGCCUAGACUCAAGUACAGCACAUGACCUCAUAGCAACUCUAAAGCAGUUUGCUGAAAAAGAACAUAAAACAGUUAUAGUGACAUUACAUCAACCCUCCUCACAGAUCUUUUACAUGAUUGAUCAGUUAUUACUUCUCUGCAAUGGCCAGAAUGCAUAUUUUGGAGAUACGAGGAAGGUUGUUGAACAUUUCUCAAGCCUUGGUCUUCCAAUUGCACCUAACUAUAACCCAGCUGACUUCAUUUUGGAGCAAGCCAAAGGAUCACCAGAAGUGCAAGAAAGACUUAUACUCGGUGCCAGGGAAGGACAUAAAUUAAAUUUCAACUUGCCCGAAAAUAUCAAGCUGCAGACAACUCCCUCAAUUCAUUCCCUCUACUCAAAGUACCUCUCCUUGCCAACUGUUCAUACAUCAGGUGUAUCAAAUAAUCCAUGCCCAUGGGAUGGAAGUUGCACUACAUGCCAUACUCAAUGCCAAGAAUACAAUAAAAAAUGUCCAACUGACAUAUCUGUCACAAUAGAUACGGAUAAGAAGGAAUCUCCAGUUUAUAAUAAAAUAGUUGGAGAGGAAGAAGACAGUGGUCGUUCUUCAUGGUCAGAGGAAACUUUGAGUGAAGCAUCCGGGUCCAGCUCAGUGUGUGAGGAAUAUCCUGAUAUGUUGUGGCCAACCUCUUUCUCCACACAAGUCAAGGUACUCACACGACGAAAUUUCUGUGUUGCCCGACCCAUCAUCCUCUCCUGGCUCAAUGGCGUGCAGACGCUGGUCCUGGCUGUGAUUGCCGGGCUGCUGUGGUACCAGGCACCACGCACAGAAGAGAGUCUUCAGGAUCUUCAAGGAUGGAUGUUUUUCUCUACCCACUAUUGGAUGCUCUUUAUACUGUUUGCUGCACUUCAGUCAUUCCCAGCUGAACGUGAAGUGAUAACAAAGGAACGAGCAAGUGGCUCCUAUCGAGUGAGUGCCUACUACCUGGCUAAGAUGGUUGGGGAGCUUCCUCUGACCUUCACCUUGCCAACCGUGUACUUCUUCAUUUCUUACACCAUGAUGGGUUGGGACAACACUAUCACUGGUUUUAUGCUCCUCUUCAUGUUGCUGCUCAAUACUUUAGUUGCUCAGAGUGUAGGAUUACUGAUUGGAGCAGUGUGCUAUGACCUUCAAGUUGGCAUCACUGUAGCCGCCAUAUUCACACUCUUCACGCAGCUUUUUGGGGGCUACCUCACAACCCGAAUUCCAUUUUGGCUGGCGUGGGCCAAAUACCUCUCCAUGGUCCACUACGCUUACCAAAACAUGAAUAUCAUACAAUUUACGUAUGGCCUAAGCAUAAGGUGUUCAACAGAGAACUCGCGUUUCAGCAGUUGUGUUGAAUAUGCACAGUCUGAUGAAGAGACUCACUAUAUUCCUGUCAAAGAGAUACUAGAAGAGAAUGGAGAACCAUUGCCACUCUGGAUGAACACAACACUCCUCAUUGGGUUUAUGAUUGUAGUGCGUCUCUUAACAUAUGUGAUGCUCAGAUAUCUUCAUCGCCCAAAAUAACACCAUUCUACUGACACAAUGACUUUAUUUUUAACAGUGUAUAUAAUGCUCAGAUUUUACUAAGAUGCUGAAGUAUCACAGGAAGAUGACUGAAUGAACCUACUAGUGAUGGACGACGUAUGGUGUGGGAAAAUGUUACGCAUGUGAGUGGUGAAGGAUUGAGCAACAUUACUUGGCUGUGAUAUAUCAUUCUAGAAAGUUCCAGAAAAUGGAAAAGUCAGUCAUGCAGGAAAAGCUACUUUUUGUAUUGAUAAGUUUAAAUUUGGCAACAUAUCCAACUGAAAUACCGAAGACAAAAACAAUGGAGUUUCUCAAGAGUGACAAGAAACACAAGGAGAGGAGUAAUGCUGAAUGCCAUCAUCUACAGUAACCAGGGUUGGGAAAAUCCAGUUUUUUUUUUGGUUUUUUUUCAGUAUUUUUAUUCCAGUAAUUCUAUCCGUAUAUACAUAUAUGAGUUUGAAAAGGAAUUAUAGAUAGAUUUAGAGAUGAAUUUAGCAAUAUAUUCAUUUGAUCUUCAUACAAUCUGUAAAAGAGGCAAAAUGCAGCUUCUCUAACAUGCUUAUUAAUUGCAAUGUUAAAGAGUAGUAAAACAUGAAA